GGAAUGUUGGUUUGAGUUGGUUCUGUGUAUAUUUUUGUAGUCGUAUUUGUUGUUAACAUGUUGUUAUUUAAUUAAAUGACUGUUCAAGUGAAUUUAUACAUCAAUAAGGAAUGUUUCUAAAUGACUGCUCACAUAGCUAUCUAUCAGUUGUUUUUUGAGUUCGGAAGGUGAUAUCGUGUGUAUGGUUUUCGACGGAUUACUAUUUAGACGGUAUACACGUAGGCGAGAAUGUUAAGUGGAUGAAAUAUCGAACAUCAUAAUCUACCUACAUACACUUUAUUUAUUAUAAAUAUUAUGUUGAAACGAACGAAUCAUCUACAAGCUGCUAAAAUUAGUAACAUAGCUAUAAGAUUGAUAGCGAAAAAAGCAGAAGGAACAAAUCGACACAAGAAAAUCAAUUAUUGCAAAACAAAAUACACAACAGCUAGUGAAUGUUUGGAAGCUAUGUAACUAACCAAAGCUUAGUUCAAUUUUCACCAUGACAUUGCCUUCACGUUAUUAUGGAUUUUGGUAUUGUGCUACCCAAUAUUUAAUAUGUGUUACAAUAUUAAUACAAUUUGUGUUAAGUGUUAAUGGUGCCCAACAAAAAUCAGCUGGGCCUAAAACAUUUUCAAUUUAUUGGAAUAUAAGUACAGAUGCAUUCCGGAUAGACAACACUGAUCAUAUUUUCGAUAUAAAUAAGGGUAAUUCAAAAUUUGAAUACGAUCAAGUCAAUAUUAUAUGUCCCGUAUAUAAUAGUCGUGAAGUAAAAGACGAAGAAACAGAAAAAUAUAUGAUUUAUAAUGUUUCGAAGGAGGAAUACGACACAUGUCGAAUAACAAAUCCAAAUCCACGAGUGAUUGCUGUAUGUGACAAACCAUUUAGGAGAAUGUACUUUACAAUUACAUUUCGACCAUUCUCACCGCAACCAGGAGGUUUAGAAUUUUUACCUGGACAUGAUUAUUAUUUUAUAUCAACAGCAUCCAAAGAUGAUUUACAUCGACGUGUUUCUGGUCGAUGUUUAUCACACAACAUGAAAGUAUUAUUUAAAGUGUGGCAUCCAAUCGAUGAACAACCACCAACAACCACUUCAACACAUGCACCACCACCUCCACCAAUUGUUGUUGGUACAGUACCAUAUCCAUCAUGGCCUUAUUUAACAUCAAACGUACCACAUUAUCCACCGAAUGAAGCCAAUGAGGACGACGAUGAACACUUUAACAUUGCCAGUACAGUACGUUCCACAACCAAAAAAGUGAAACCAUAUGAAAAACAUCCAAAUGAUGUUGAGAAAAGUAGUUUAACACGUAGUAAUAGUUGUUCGCAGAAUCGAAGGUAUCAUAUCGGAAUGUUAUUGACCAUUAUAUUAUUCACAAUUAUAUCGACAUCGUCCAUACUACGGUGAACCUAAGAAUGACGCCUUAUAGUGUAUUAUUUAAGUGUGUGUAAAUGUUUGUGUUCAAAGUGCUCUCUCCUCCCUCUCUGAAACUAAAAACUAAACAACGAUACCAACAGGUUUACAAGAAAACAACAUCUUUUGGGUCAUUGUGUGUAUUGUGUAUAUAUAUAAGAAAUAACGUAUUAUGAUGUGAUGUGAUGACCCAUCUCGUCGCCGUGGUCGUGCCGUUCGUUGUUGUGUGCAUCUCGCGUAUUGUGUGAACAACACAAGUCACAAAACAUUUCUUCGUCUAAUUGUAAUAUAUAAAAAAAAUUGACUUUGUUAAA